ACAACCAAACUUGAUUACCACUCUAAUCAAAAUCUCCCUCCCUAAUCUUCCCCGGCCUUUACCCUUCAACAUUACACUUCUACUUCUGCCCAGCACACACACACACUUGACAGUCCUAACAACACACACACACACACAGACUUAAAAGACACACUCACUCACACAAGUAUCACAAAACAAGAAGUUCAGUUUUGUCGAAUUAAUUCAAUUUCCUCCGUUUAAGGAAGAAAAAAAAUUUUCAAUUUAUGUCGGAUCCGUACGGAACUGAUGAUCGCUCUUCGUUUGAGCCCGACUCCGAACCCGGCGGACCGCCCGAACCGGAAGAUAUGAAUGUGUUUCUUCAUAAUCUUUUCCAGAAUUCACCGGCGACAGCCGGAAGUAGCUCUCUUUAUCGGGGCUCCGCUUCCAUGAUUAAUUCCUCCUCCGCUGCUAGCUUCGAUUUCUCCGAUCCCGGCGGCUUCUUCGCCGGAGAGGUGAAGGGGAGACUUGAGAAGACUUUUUCUUUAGCUGCCGCUGGAGAUUGUGAUGCUGUCACUUCUUCGAUGGAUAGGGGAGAAUUUUCCGGUGCAAACAAGGGAUUGGAGGCUUCAGAUGCAGCAAUUAACCAGGCUCAACCGCGUUCCACGAAAAGGAGUAGAUCAGCAGAAGUUCAUAAUUUGUCUGAAAAGAGGAGGAGGAGCAGAAUAAAUGAGAAAUUGAAAGCGCUGCAGAACUUAAUUCCAAAUUCGAAUAAAACAGACAAGGCAUCAAUGCUGGACGAAGCGAUUGAAUACCUCAAACAGCUUCAACUACAAGUUCAGAUGUUGACAAUAAGAAAUGGACUCAGUUUCCAUCCAAACUAUGUAUCGGGAUCCCUACAACCAAUGCAGCUUCCCAUGGAUUUUAAUGAGGGUGAUGUGAUGCCAAAUACAAGUGGAGGAAAACAUACAUUGUCUAGCAACCAAGAGGUUGCAAUGCAAGCAGCAUUUGGGGUUUCCAAUCCUAAAAUCUCAAGCCAGCAACUUGCUAUAGCUUCAAUGACAAAUAAUAGCAGCUCAGCAUUCUCAUUUGGAUUGCAAUCAUCAGCUCAGAAUAACCCUGGUGUUCCCAAUUAUUUGGCAUCUGCAAAGGAUCUCUGCCGGGAGGAUACUUUGAUGCAGUUUCCAUUAGAUAUUAGCCGCUCUGGGAACAAUUCGUCGUCAGGUGUGUCUUCGUAGCCACGAGAAUAAAUGGUGUGCAAGUAAUCAGCUUGGUGGCAAUUACAGGAAAUUUUAAUUAUUUGAAGAACAUCUCAGAAAUUAGAAAUGAACAUUCCGAGUAUACUUAAACUGUUAAAUAUCUAAUUCUGCUGAAAACGCACAUUAACAUAGUGACUGUUCUUUUCCCUGAUACGAGUAUUCAACCCCUCCAAUAUUACAUUCACUUGUAUUGUUAGGGAAAAUCCUUGUAAGUGAAUUCUUCGAGCCAUUUUAAUACUACUAGUUUUUAUUUUCA